GUGCUACUUCCUUCCCAUGACUUUUUCUGGAGUGACUUGAACUCACUUUGACUCAGACAGCUGUUGCCUUCAGACUCAGCCGACAAGUGGCAGCUUCUCUACUGGCCAGGUGACUUCAUAUAAUUUGAGUUAAGAUGGAUCCAACAACAGCUAUGAUGGACACAACAGAAUCAACAGACUAUACGUUUCUGACACCGGUUGAACCCUGUAAUCCUGACAGUGAAAACUCUCUAGGAGCGUAUAUGUCCAUUAUCUACUACUUCAUCUUUUUCUUCAGUGUCUCUGGCAACGUGUUGGUUCUUGUGAUCAUCUAUCGGUUCGAAAGGCUGACCACUGUGACCAACAUCUUGCUGCUGAACCUGGUAUUCUCAUCCCUGAUCUUCGUGUCCAGCCUUCCCUUCUGGGGAGUCUACCAGCAGCUCUCCACCUGGAUCUUUGGUAAUCCCAUGUGCAAGAUUGUUGGCACCUUCUACUACCUGGGCUUCUACAGUUCUGUCCUCUUUCUCACUCUUUUGACCUUUGACCGGCACAUUGCAGUAGUGUACUCCUUAAGUGCACCUCGAAUGAGAAAUCAUCGCUAUGCCGUUAUCUCCUGUGUUGUGGUGUGGGUUGUAAGCAGUGUGGUGUGCAUCAAGGAGAUGAUCCUCCACUCCACAUAUGAAAGUACAAUGGACGGCAGAACCUACUGCCAGGACCAAGGCGGAGACUUAGACAUCGAUGCUGCGAUGCGCCUGAGAGAAUCCGGAUUUUACAUUCAGCUCUUUCUUUUCUUGAUCUUCCCUCUUGUAGUUAUAACUUACUGCUACGUUAGGAUCGCUAUCACUGUCCUAUCAUCUCAACUUGUUACCAAGUUCAAAACAGUCAGGUUGAUAUUCUGCAUUGUCGUGUUGUUUUUUGUGUGCUGGACCCCGUACAACAUUGCAUUGCUGAUUAAAGAAAAAUCCCUUGAAGAUGAUGAACAGACUUGUGAAGAAAGAGGGAGUAAAUCGGCUGCUGUUCAUGUCACUCGUAACUUGACCUACAUUUACUUUUGCAUCAGUCCCCUCUUCUACACAUUUGUGGGGAAAAAGUUCCAGAACUAUUUCAGACAGAUGAUGGUGAAACGUUUCCCGAGGUUGAGGAAGCAUAUUUCCGUCAGUCAGCAAAGCAGAAGCAUGUCCACCAAAAGUACACAAAAUGGGCUUUAGAGAGAGAUUGGCCUUUGUCUCUCAGGUCUGCUUUGUUCAUUAAGUUAGGAGUUAAAUGUUGGAAGAUUUUUUUUUCUUUCGAUUUAGAUCUUUGUAGAUUUUCAGGUAAACGAAAUAAAUGAUACAUUUUGGUACAGUCCAUCCAUAACAUGACUGAGGCUGUAAUACACUUAAAACUAGGACGCAUUUCUGUCUUAUUUCUAGCACAAAAAAGUCUGAUUAUACUUUAUAUAAGUCCCAUUCAUAGUUAAGUUUAAUGAAUUAAGACAUUAUUCUCCUUUCAAGAAACUUGAGAGGUAUUUUUUUCUAGACUUGUAAAGUGAAUAUUGUUAUAUUUAGUCUAAUAAUACUAGCCAACAGCUGCAGUGUUCCCGCCUGUCAGUCAAGUCAGCUGUGCCUCUCAUAAUGGAAAACUCGUAAUCUUAAUAUCUUCAAAAUUGCCAUGUUAUGAAAAAAAUCUGGCGUUCUAGUGGUGCCAGGGCGAUUAUUCAAGCUUUAAAAUUUGUAUUUUAUCGAGAACAUUUUCGGAACAAAAGAGGCAACACUGUUAAUGCAGGGAUCUGCAAACCUCUGGUCUAUAGCAACAUGCUAUUGUUCUCCGUUUCCACAAUCUAUGGUAUGUUCAAUAUGAAGGAAGUUGAGCGGUUACGGCAAAUAACCUCUAAGUAACAUGAAUAUGCAGGCAAUUUCAAUAAUAUGUAAAUACCAACAGUUGUGAUAAUCUGGAGAUGCAAUCUUAGACAGAUGUAAUAUGAACAUGCACAUAUAUUCAAAGUUGUAUCUAAUCCUAUUUGCAGCAUCUUCUUACUUCUAUCAAGCUACAGAAAGUACACAACUUUUGUAUUUGCAGUAACUGUUGGAAUCAAUAACAGAAAAAGUUAUGCAGUUACUUACAUGACGUCAAAUUACCAUAGAUCCUGGCUUUACAGUUUAAAAGAUCCUUAUUUGGCAAUGGUAAUUGUUCGGUUGUGUUUUGUCUUACACAUUUGUAAUUCAAUCACAACUGCCACUCACUCUGCUGCAUCCAUAGGCUGUAUAAAACAUGGAUGACAUCGCCAGUCUAGUUUCUGAAGCCCAAUAAUGGGGGCCGCCAUGUUGGAAAUGAUGGUACAGACCUAACUUUUGUUCAGCUGAGAAAGCCUUUUAGCUUUAACCUCUACAACACAACUGCCUGUCAGUCAACUCAGCCAUGACCACGGUUAAGCAGAUAUAUGCAUACCUCUUAGCCUUUAUUUUAUUUCAUAGAUGUGUUAUAGAAAUAUUCACCGUUGUACAGUGUGUAGGAUUAAGAAAAAGGAGGCACAUGCUGAAUUUUAUUUUGUACCAGGCUGUAAUGCUGCUGUAAAAUGGGCAUUUUAACAUGGGACCUAUUCAUUGGCUUUUGCAGCCAGCCUAAAGUGGACACAAGAGGAACUGCAGUUUUUUGCACUAUGCAACCAUGAUUUUUUUUUUUAGAUGAUUAUGGUGAGGUGUAGGUAACAUAGACACACCUAGCCUUCCUUUAUUGCAAUAUAUUACUAAGUCAUAUAGUUGAAUCAUAUCUCCAGUAAAUUUGUUGUGCUUACUUAAUCUGUUGCACAGCUGUUUGUUCUAAAAGAGAAUACAGGGAACUUGGGAACAAGGCACUUGUGGUUACUCCAUGUAUAGACCAUCCUAAAAUAAUGUACUUCUCUAAAAGAAUGAAUCAAGCAUGUACAGUCAUGUUCCAGUCAUUUUUCACAUGUCCUUAGCCUAUAAAUGUUUGUUCUUUGUACAUAUUGCACUCUUGUUUUGAAAUGUUUGUUGAAAUUUGCAUAGAACUAAUUAUAUUUGUAAAAUUGUUUUUAAAGAUUGUUCAGAGAUUGUGUGUGGACGACAAACCAAAAAGGAAUGUUUGGUCACUUCUUGUAUGUAACUGUUUAAAUCUAUCUAUUCGAAUAAAUCAAAGCUCUUAAUCAGCA